GUCAUCAUGCUACCAGAAGUCAAAAUUGAAGAAAGAAGAGACUCAAGAGAGUGUAUGAAAAUUCCUGAAAUGGAUCUUCAUCACUGGCACAAAAUUGCUGCUGUUUCUGGUAUAGCAGCUCUUGGAUUGGGCACAUAUGGAUUCCAUAUGUUCAAACCUGAAAACCCCAUUUUCAAAGAGGUAUGGCAAACUGCUUCUCUUUACCACUUGGUUCACACAGCUGCUCUUCUUGCUGCCCCUGUUACCAAACGCCCCCAUAUUUUUGGAGGCCUUUUGACUGCUGGCAUUCUUGCUUUCUCUGGAUCGUGUUACACUGCAGCAUAUCUCGAGGAUAGAAACUAUGCUGCCCUAGCUCCAUUGGGCGGCUUUGCUUUUGUUGCUGGUUGGGCGAGUUUAUUAUUCUGAGGAUUGGAAUUAUCUUAAAAAAGACUUAUGCUGUCGCAUGAAGAAGUUCCCUACUUGAGGCAUAUAUGCUUUGGGAUUGAACAGCAGCUUGGUAAUACCUUGCGAUGCUACUUGUCGUUUUGUCUUGCCAUUUGUUUAUAAUGUAACCUCUGUAUAGGCACUUGCUUGUUAUUGUCUCAUCAGAUGCCCUGUGGAUGGAUUUAAGAACUAUACUGUUACAUAAUUCUCACUCCUUUUGGAAGGGAAUUAAAGCAAAGAAAUUAUCAGUAUUGCCUCGUACA